AUGCAAAAAUGGACACCGCCGGAGCGAAGGGGUCACCUUAUGCGCGACUCGUUGACCGCAGCGCUGGAAUGCGGGGACGAAUGGGCGGCCGCACUGCGGGAGCCGAGUGUUAUUGAUAUGCUGAUGAUUUUAUUAAAUGGACUUGGCAAUGACCCUCUGUCUGCGAAAGAGGCAGAGGGCCCACCAGUCCAGCUAGAGCCCGUCGACCUCAGCGUUCGUUCCCCGCCGAAAGAUCUAAAGUCCACCACGGUUCGGAUACGAGGCGGACUCCUGAAACGACCUCCACCGCCGCUCAUCUCAACCCAGCACCUGCUAGCGUUAAGGCAUAAGACGAAAGAUUUGUUUUUCUCACUCAACAACAACAACAACAAUAUCAAAGACGAGGAAGAAAAUGGCGGCACGGAUACGGCGACGACGACACUCGCAGCGGCAGCCGCCGCAGCUGCAGCCGCUGCUACGAUCGCAGCCGCCAGCAGCCAAACAACGACCUCCGCCGGCUUCUCGCCAACGCACGCACACCACCUCCUGUCGACCCUGUGCGGCACCGGAGGAGGGGCCAUUGUGCCCGCCGGUCACCGGCCGCCAUCGCCCAGCAAUGGUGGCGGAACGGCGCAGCUGGACGCAGCCACCGCCGACGCAGCCGGAACGGCCGCCCUCAUCCUAGCCGACAACAACAAUAGCAUUAGUGUGAAUAACAACAACUAUCUUAGUGAAAGCGACCGUGAAACGAAACCGAGUACCUUCCGCGAGGCCUAUCCUAUCUAUGGCACCUACAACUGUGUUCAGCAGCCGCCGCAGAGUCCUACGCAUCAUUCGACGGAGAGUCAGAAGGCGGCGCUAGCGGUGACGCCUCAUCCGCAUCAUCUGUUUCCGACGCAAUUCCUGCAAGCCUUCUCCAUCCAUCAACAGCAGCAGCAGCAACAGCAGGAUGCAUCGAGUAGCCAUCGACGUAGCAGUCACUCGCCCCACACCACACUAGACCACCAGCUGCACGAACAGCUUCAGCAGCUAACGGCCGCAUCAGUCGCCCACCCGCCGAUGUCGAAGCUGUUGCCGAACCUCCCGGGUCACUUGGCAGCAUCCAUCGCCUCGCUAGCUUCCAGCCUGCCGAAAAACCAUCCCCUCAGCGAAUCAGCUACGGCGGCCUUCCAACGGUUGCUACAGCAGCCAUUCGCACCAGUAGCAUCGCAUCCUUCCAGCAGCACCGGACUGUUCGGUCGCUCCAGGCCCAACGCCGGCAACAGUCCAGACCGCUACACGGGGAAGCUGACCGACCUGCGGCGUUCGAACAACGGCGAGCAACAGUCGGCGACGACUGCCGGUGUUAUCAAACGCGAGGUGGACGGAAACGGGUCCACCUCCAACCCUCGCCAUCAGCUGCAGCAUCUAGAGUCAUCUUCGGGACUGUUUGGAAUCGGCAGCGAACACCACCCCCGUCACCAUCACCCCCACCACCAUCACCACCAGCUUCAUUCACCAUCAUCGCUAGCGUCGGUGAAGGGGCUGACGAAGAACCGGAAAAUCCACCGCUGCGACGCAACCGGAUGUGAUAAGGUGUACACGAAGAGCUCCCAUCUGAAGGCGCACAAGCGAACGCACACGGGAGAAAAACCAUACAUCUGCACGUGGGAAGGUUGCGUUUGGCGUUUCGCUCGCUCGGACGAGCUGACCCGGCACUACCGGAAGCACACCGGCCUCAAGCCCUUCCGCUGCAAACUCUGCACACGUUCCUUCAGCCGCUCGGACCAUCUUUCGCUGCACAUGAAACGGCACUAA